AUGACCCGAGUUCGUUUCCCUCGGAUUGGAUCAUUUGUUAUCGAUGACCGUGGUCUUAUACGCUUAGAGAACCGACCUCUUACUCUCGAGAUACAAGAUUUGGAGAACGACGGGAUUCCUCUUGAUAUCCCAAGAGCCCGUACAUACUGCACCGUCGACGCUUAUGUCGAUGCUUUACUGUCUUGUCAUGACAGUCGUCUACAACACCAGCCCAACGCCGUCAACGACGCGGGAGACUGUGUCAGUCAGAUGUGCGCCUUGGUCCUCUUGUGCGCUUUGCGUCCUCGAUUCUUUGACCCUAAGCUUAACCAUGGUCCCUUUGCUCCUGGUCUUACUGAUCUAAACUUCAACAACAUUAUAGUGGACGAUGAUUGGAAUAUCACUUGUAUCAUUGACCUGGAAUGGACUGCAGUUCUUCCACUCGAAUUCAUACGGACUCCCUGUUGGUUGACAAGUCAGGCCGUGGACGAGAUUGACGUUGAUCACUACAACAAGCUCCGGGAGGAGUUCAUGGAAGUCUUUGAAAAAGAAGAAAGACGCCUUGGUCGCUAUAGCGAUAGCUUCCGAUGCUCGUCUAUUAUGAACACGACCUGGAAACUGGGCACCUUCUGGUGCGAGGAUGGCGGACUUGCUUGUGUGCCUCAUGAGGCGAUCAAACGCACGGUUCUGCAGAAAAGAGUGAGAGGGCGUUUUGCUAGGACAAAUGCCAAUGCUCCCUUACCGGCCACAAAUGGGAGGGCGGAGUGUUUGCCGAACAAUGGCGAGGAAAGCCACUAUGUUGACAGUCCACCAACAUCCCGUGUUUCAAAGGCAUCAGCGUCAAUUGUUGGUGCAGAUACUCCAGGUACUUUCGGCCGUGCUCUUCUCAGAUUCUUGGAGGUCAGAGAGCCAUCACCAGGGCGUUGGGCUGCUGUUCAAGAUGUGCAUGGUCACCAAUGCUCCACGUUUCUGGACCGCUACAAGGACAUGAUUGAAGCAGUGCCACUGGCCAUCCAUGUACCUCCGUCGAACCUGGACGACCUCCUAUCGUCCUCCCCAACUCUCCUCCUUGCAGCCAUCCUCACUGGGAGCAGUGCCGACUCCGAUUUCGAAAAGCAAGCCGGCGAGGUGUUUCGCCACGUGCUCGCCGACCGAGUCAUCGUCCGCGGCCAGAAGAGCAUGGAGCUCCUGCAGAGCCUGCUGACCUACAUGAUGUGGUAUCACCACCGGUUCGACCCCGAGACCCUCCAGUACUACCAGCUCCUUCAACUUGCCAACGGUAUGGUCGCCGACCUUGGGCUUCCUAGGAGAUUCGCCACUGGCGGCAACUCACCGCCCCGAGAGGAUGAAGACCUGAAUGCCAUGCGCGCAUUCUUGCUAUGCUACUACAUCAACUGCAGCGGCGGCGUGCUCGGCUACGACCGGCCCGAGAACAUGCGCUGUACCGAGAGCUUGAGGAACGCGGCCAAGGUGCUUGCUGAAGUUUCCUCAAGACCUCAAGACAAGGAAGCGCCGGCACUGGUCGAGCUGAUGCACUUUAUAAGCCUCCAUCGAGUCGAUUUCAACCAGACUGAAUGUCGCGUCUUGCCAACGCAGAGCCUUACCGAGUGGAAAACAGCAUACCUCCGGGCAGAGACGUCGAUGAGCUUGAGGUCGACUUAUUAUUUCGUCGCGGGUUACACUGUCCUGAAAUCGUCGAGCUCAAUGCCCCUGUCCGUCGAAGAUGCCCUACUGUGUGUGGAGCACUUCGAGACACUCCUGUCGCAUAUCCUGAGCCAGGAACUCUGCUACCUCGUUCGACUAGGCACCAUGGAGUGGUCGCAUCUGAUCACCACCCUCUUCCGCCUCGCUCGUCUGGAGAGGUCGCGAGUGCUCGAAUCAGAUACCGCGGAUGCUUCUUCCCUGAACAGCCAUCCAUCACUCACAAAUCAAUAUGUCGGGCGCUUUCGGACUCUCAUGGCAGACCUCCUGGCGGAGGCCGAGACCGACACGGCUCUGAAGUCUCCGCAUCUCAUGGGCUGGCUCGACAAGAUAUUGACCGCAGUCGCUGCUCAGCAGGUCGGCUCAUGGGAGGUAUCUCAAGAUGCCGAUAAAGACGAGGAUGUGGGUCGCCAUGACGAGGAAUCGGCCUAUGAGCUCGUCAAUUCCUUCAUCGACGAGAAGGGCCGCGUACGAGAUUCUCACAACCCAAAGGGUUCGAACCCUGGGCGGCUGCAUGACGAGGAGGGCUUUUGGACCGAUUUCAUGUCUGACUGGCUCAACUGGUAA